AUGGACAAUAACCGCCGGAAAAAGAGCACCUCCGGCGACUCAUUCUCGUUCCCGAGCACCCCGAACCAAGACUCAGACUUCGAAUUCGGAUCCUUAACCCCUGAAUCACCCUCCAGUUACCCUUGUAGAACCUCACCAGCUGAUCAUCUCUUCUUCAAUGGCUUCCUUCAACCUCAUUCUUUCCCUUUGUCACAACAGCACCACCCCAUCGUGACGACGAGCCGAACCAGCAGCAUCAACAGCAAGGACUCGUUGUUGUCAUCACGAAGCAACAGCACCAAUAGCAGAGGAAGCAGUAGUUGCAGCAGUGCGAGGACAAGCUCUAGUGACAGUUCUGAGAGAAGGUUGUUUCACAACAAGGUCUCAUCAUCGGGCAAAGCUGCAUACAUGGUGAAUAGAUCAGUGGUUUCGCAGCGGUGGCAGUAUAUAACGCCGGUGCCGGCGUUGAACCGUGAUGUCUCUAAGAGAAGAAGAGGGGACAUGCAACAAGGGAAGGAGGAAGGAACAAAAAGGAAGAAGAAGAAGAACAAGAAGGACAAGGUAAGGGGUGUGCGGUUGCGGUUUGGCCGGAGAAUUUUCCGGUGGUUUGUGAUGGCAUGUAGAGAAUGUCAUGCCAUGGAACCGUCUAAGAACCACAAAAAAGAGAUAAGGAAAAAUCCAAGUGUAUAA